UACCCUUUCAGGGGGAGGAGCUUGGUGUACAGAGGGGUAUUUAUUUGAAUGUCAACUGACUGUCUCUCUUUCUAAAGACACAGCCAUGAUGAGAACAACACUUCUUAGCGUGUACCUGACUUUGGUAUUUUUAGGUGCUUCACUGUGCACAACAGCAGAGACUGGUCCAGUGGUCUCUCUGAAGAAUGGCAAAGUUCGAGGCGAGUACAUGACUGUGAAAGGCAUAGAGCAGAGGGUGCAGCAGUAUUUGGGGAUACCCUUUGCCCGUCCACCAGUGGGUCCCCUGCGCCUGGCUGCCCCACAACCUGCAGAGCCAUGGGAGGGAGAGAGAGAUGGCACACGUCAGCCUCACAUGUGUAUUCAGGAUCCAGUUAUUUCUCAACACAUAGUAAAUGUAAUGGCCAUUGAAUACGAUCUGCCAGACGUGUCAGAGGAUUGUCUUUAUCUUAAUGUAUACACACCUAAAGAGGCAGCAACAGUCAAAAGACUACCGGUGUUCUUUUGGAUUCAUGGAGGUGGCUUGUCAAUGGGUGCAGCAUCUCAGUAUGAUGCAUCACCACUAGCAGCCUAUCAGAACAUGGUCGUAGUUAUCAUUCAAUAUCGUCUUGGAAUUUUGGGAUUCCUUAGCACUGGAGAUGAGCAUGCACCAGGCAACUGGGGUUUCCUAGACCAGAUUGCAGCUCUGAAGUGGGUCCAGGAGAACAUUGAGAGCUUUGGAGGGGACCCACAGUCAGUCACCAUCGCAGGGGAAUCUGCAGGAGGCAUCAGUGCCUCCAUACUGACCCUGUCUCCAUUAGCAAAAGGAUUAUUUCAUCGAGCAAUUUUCCAAAGUGGAGUGGCUACACUUGGAACUUACACUUCAAAAGAGCCUCUGGUCAUAGCUAAGGUGGUGGCUAACCUGACAGAGUGUGACUGCACCACUAACGAGCAUCUUGUCAAGUGUAUAAGAGAGAAAACUGAAGAAGAUUUAGUGAACGCAACAAAAAAGAUGAAAACCUUUAUGGGGGCGACUGUGGACGGAGUGUUUCUGAAAGACCUUGCAGAGGAGCUUUUAAAGAGCAAGGCGGUCGAAAAGGUUCCUGUGCUGCUUGGAGUGACAAACCAUGAGUUUGGAUGGAUCCUCCCCUCGUCCUUUGCUCCACCUGGAUGGUCGGAGGGAUUUGACAGGCAAUCAGCGAUGUCGAUAAUGAACGUUUUCUAUCCUGCUGGGGCCUCCGGACUUAACAAUCUCAUUGCAGAUGAAUAUUUCAAGGAUGCAAAAACUCCUGAAGAUAUACGUGAUGGAUUCACUGAAAUGCUGGGAGAUCUGUUCAUGGUUCUGCCUGUUAUUAAAGUCGCUGGAUACCACAGAGAUGCAGGUGCACCUGUGUACAUGUAUGAGUUUCAACACCGCCCAGAGAUGCACAAAGAGACCAGACCAAGCUUUGUAAAGUCUGACCAUGCUGAUGAUAUUGGGUUUAUGUUUGGAUCAUGCUUCUGGAAUGGACAUAUAAAGAUAACAGGAACAGUCACUGAAGAGGAGGAGAAGCUGUGCAAGACAAUGAUGGCAUAUUGGGCCAAUUUUGCUCGCACUGGCUCACCAAACGGGGAGGAGCUGAUACUGUGGCCCCUGUAUGACCAGAAAGAAGAGUACAUGGAGUUGGGUUUGAAGCAGGUGGUUGCUCAGAGCCUAAAGAAGGACAAGGUGCACUUCAUGACUGUCCUCCUUCCUCAGAAGCUCCACAGCCUGGCAGCCGCAGCAAGUCAGGGAAACUGACAUUAUUAGCUUACACCUCUAAACACUGUACCUGUAAGCCUAAUUAUUUUGACAAAUUUCUGUAGGUAACCCUAGACUAGAAUUUGAAUAAAUAGUGCACUUUAAUUGUAAACGUGUGCUUGUCAUC